AUGGAGGGAAUGGACCCUCGUCAUCUGGGUAUGAUGGGAAAAAAGUCCAUGGAGCUCCACAAUUAUCCUGAUGCGCUAAGACUGUUUUCAAUGGGCUUGGCUCGAUUGGAAUCUCUUCAGCUGCCUCGACAGUUCGCUGCUCCAUUCCUUAUGGAUCGAGCGGAGUGCUACUGGCAGUUAGGGGAAGUCGACAUGGCACUGCAUGAGAUGGAUAAUGCAUUGCGGCAUGGAUUACCAAGAGAUGCCGAUUUUGCAGAGGUUAGUCAACGAAAUGGUUUAAGGUGAAGCCAGAGAUUUAACAAGCAUUUGUGCUCCAAACAGGUUCUGGUCUAUGACCUGACUCUUUUCUUGAGAGUAUUUUAUUUCUUUGGAUUGUUGUAAUUUUGCAUCCUCUUCCAAACUUAUAAACUUAUAGUCAUGCAAAUCAAAGUAUUUUUUGUUACCUGCUGCAGUGGCAGGUUCGACUCUGAAGUUCUCCUGUCAGUUAAUGUUUUCAAUUUCUCUUUCUAAAUUUCCAAUUGUAUUUAAGUAUUUUUCUUUUAUUUGGAAGUACUACAGCAGCAAAUGCUCUGUUAAUUUAAAGUUAUGGGCAAGUAUGAAGUGAGAAGACGGUCAUGGAUUUAUCGCUGCAGUUUCUGUGUUUGUUUCUCUUUCAGGGAGAAUCACUAAAGUGGUCAAAUCAUGGCUUUUCUCUCUUGGAGGGACAUCAAUUUGCCAUGGCCGAAAAAUGUGCCAAGUUUGCCCUUUAUUUCCAUACCUCACCAAGAACUAGAGCCCAGGCGUUUCUGUGUCAGGUGAUUGCACGACAUGAAAUGGGUAAAAUCACUGGAGAAACAACGGAAACGAAAGAAAUCAAGAAACUGGAUCCAAAUCUUGCAAAGGUAAGAUAACUGGCUGAUGUUUGGCUGUUUUGUAGGAUACACUUGAUCAAAAAAUCCUAUCACAGAACACAGAAAUCGUACUUUUAUUGGUGCUAUUAGCCACUUAGAUUAGUGAGUUUAUCUUGUCUAAUUCAUGAGAUCCAAAUUACCAUGUCCUUUUGUUCAUAGUUUUUUAGCUCUUCCCUGGAAAAAACUUUGAAUUAAGUAUACUUUUUUGAGGUGUAAAUUACACCAUCAAGCAAAAUUAACAAAUGCCACUGUGGUGUAGGUCAUUUUUACUUCAUCUGAACUAAAUGAUCAGGCACCUUGACAGAUCUUUAUGUAAUCAAGGCAAUGCUAUAAGAAAGUUUAUGACACAGGAUCAACAAAAUGCUUCCUCUGUUUUCAUCAUUUAAGCUUCAUGCUCAUGAAAGGAAGGAUUGUGCCAUCAGAAACAUGCAGAAUCAGAAUUACCAGUGGGCAAUUAAGAGCUUCAUUUUUGCUUUGCUGCUUCAUCCUGACGAUGGUUCCAAGAUGAAAUUUAAACGUUCUGUUGAAAGUCAUUUGGCAAGUGUUUAUUUUAAAGUUAAACAAUACAAAAAAGCAGUUGAUGUUGGAAAGGAAAGCUACAAGUCAAACCCUAACUUUAGGUCUAAGGUAAGAGAUAAGAUUAAAUAGUGAAAUUAGAACUUAUUCGACCGGAAAGUUUGCAUGGAAGAAAACAGGGUUUCAGAAGCAAAUGCAAUCAAUCUUACCGAUCCAUCACCAACGUUUUUAACGAGCUUAUUCAUGUUUGAGGAGACCCAUGUAAUAAAACCUCUGUUCCUUACAGAGUAACUUGUUGGACCAUUCAUCCUGUUCUCAUUUUCGUCCUCAUAAAGAAGACUGAAGAAUGAGGUGGGAUCAAAGAUUGCUCAUUAUCGACCUUAUACUUCAUUAUCACUCUGGUAUAUUCAGGAGGAAGCUGAAAGGUGGAAGAAACGCGGAAACGACCUCUCGAAGGAGCCAAAUCUAGUGGAUCAAGUGAUUGCCUGUUAUUCACUUGCGUUAAACUUUACACCAGCAGUAGAAAGAGAACUCAAGGCGACCAUUUUUUCCAAUCGUUCUCUGAUGUACAACAAGCAAGGAAAAGCUGACCAGGCACUGAGGGAUGCACAAAAUUCCGUGGAGAACAACCCUAGAUGGCCUAAGGCAAGGAUGUUGAUAUUUUAACCCACUGGGUAAAUUAAGACAUAGUUGCCGCAGUCAUAAGCUUUUCAAAAUUCCAUCAUUUUCCCAACCAACUAUAACUGAAUUAACAAUUUCACAAACAAGUCUUCAUGAUCGAUUCCAACCUCUCCUCAUAGACAUCCUUUCCACCCAUAAAUUUAUGCUUUAGCCAAUUCACAUGCAGUUUGCAUGAAUUGACAGGUACUUAAGGUAACUUGGAAAAAAGAUUGAUUUUCUUGGAAACCUAACAUCAGCUUGUUGCUCAAUUUCAUUAAACAAUAUUCUACCAAUCCAAUCCCUGAUGUCCGUGAAACGUACCGAAUAUUUUUAAAAACGUUAGAAAGCAGUACCAGAAAAAGAGAAAGAAAAUGUAUGGUUCACCGCAAACCAACUUCAACUUGCAUUACAAAGGGAUCGAAGGAUAGGCUGGUCAAGAAUCUGUCACCUGUUUUAAACAAGUACAUCAAGUGACGUCGAAAACCAAAACAGGAAAGUGCCAUAAUCUGUCAUCAUGAAGGGUCCCAAACAAGAUGAAGGAGUUCAUAUUUACUUGAAAUUUCACUUUUCCCUGACUACUUUCAGAGAUAUAAAUUUUCCCUGACUUAAUGUGAAAAUCCCUGACUUUCCAUGACCUGGAAGAAUUUUUUUUUUCCUUGACUUUCUUGAACUGUGGCAACCACGUAGAUCCAUUCAAGCUAUAAAUUAAUGUUUUAAACGACGUGAUGUUCAACAUCAUGUGUAGUAUACAUGUGCACCGUUUCAGUUGAAAUAUUCACCGUUUACACGGUACAUAUCAUUUUUUGCAGGCAUACUAUCGUCUGGGAUCUUGUUUAUUUGUGCAGAGAAAGUAUAGGGAAGCGAUGGAAAAAUUCUCAGAAUCACUGAACUUGUUACUUAACGAUGCUUCACGGUCAGACCACCAAGCAGUAGAUACUUUGAGUCAACUGCUGUCCGUAGCAUUGGAACUACCAGGUAAACAGUCAAUCAUGUCAUGAUUCAUAAUUCUGCCAUAGCACUUUUGUUGUUUGAUAUGACUGAAUGAAGGAUUAAAUGUUUGAUAGAAUUGUAAAUUAAUAAAAGAAUGAAAACGUGCGAAUUAUCGGUUUGAAUUAGUUGAAUUAUUCGAAAUAAUUCGAGGGACAGAUCGAUACACAGAGGGCUGGAUAGAUCAUUGAAAAAAUGGAUUGGCAGAUGUAUGGAAAGAGAGUAAACUAUCAAGAUAUCACAUCAAUAAAUCGUGCCUGGUCAUAAGUAUGGUUCAUCAUAAUGAAACUUUUUUCCCUAGAUGGCACGUCAAGCAUCCAAUAUGAAAUUCCAAAGACUUAUAUUCAAAAAGUCCUUGACAAAGCUGUAAGUGACGAGGAUUGGGCCACAUUGCAUCUUCUCUUCUUGGGCGGAGGAGGACCUAAAAAGUUUGAGAAAGGUUUGGGAGGCCUUGCCGAUGGCUGUGAUGCAAGCAAAGUCCCAUUAACAGAAGUAAUAAGCUGUGAUUUUUCAGAUCUCGGAAAAUUCGUCAGCGUACUGUUGGAUCACAAAGCACGUGAUAGUCCCCAAAGAAGAGGAAAAACUGCUUAUGAUCUCGCCAUCGACCUGAACAAAUUUGAUGUUGCUAGUGUGUUAAUGGAUAAAAACACUACUUCAGGGCCUGACGUACAACUUAAGGUAACAUAAUUAUAGUAAUAAGACACCUAAAUGCAUCAUUGAAUGUUGUUUUUUUUCUCGAGACUUAGUUAUGAAAAUCACCUUUCUUUCCAAGGAUGUGAAAGCUACCUGAUUUGGCCGUGGCCAAACAACAAUGCCACCGGAAUUUAAUGAUUUUCCCAUCCCCCGACAACCUGAUAGUAAAUUAAAGUUGUGAGGAAUGUUUUUUUUCAUUACUCCUGGGAAACUAAGAGUUAACGAACCGAGUUGAAAUAACUAGUUUACGUCGAUGAAUUUGUUCAUUAUUUCUUCCUCUGUUUAUUUAUCUAAGAGAAAAUUCAAAGAGGAUGCCAAAAAAGCAUUGGAAGAAGGAGAUAACAGUAAAGCUAUCGGAUUAUUUCAAUAUUCCUUGACACAAAGAGGAAUCACGAUGGAGGAACGGCGCGAGACGUUACAAACUUUAUGUGAAUUGUACUUCCAAAAAAAGGACUUCAAAGAGUGUCUCGACAGUGGGUGCGAAUUAAAAGAAGAUUACCCGAAGGGAUACAAAAAUGAGGUAACAGUAAACAGCAGAUUCGCACUUUUUUUUAGCUCAAUGGCAACUUGCGUCAUACGGCAAGUAAGUUCUAAGAUCCGAUCGAUGAAACUGGAACUGUGAAACAUGAUCCUCUAAUAAUCCCCCAGAUAUCAGAUUGUAUCUUGUAGGUCAGGCUCUAUCGUUUGAUCACGAGCAGAUCUACUUGAAAUUAUCUAUUUAUGUAUUUGUCUGUCUGUCUAUUUUUAUGGCUGUCUGUCGGUCUAUCAGGUUAUUUAUCUAUCUAUUAUUGAAUUUACUUGUGGUUAUUCUAUAAAGAGUAAUGCGAUACAGUGGAAGAGCUGGGGAAAUGAGUUACAUAAGGAAAGAAAAUACGACCUUAUGGUUGAUUAUUAUACACUUGCCUUGGAAUUCACACCAAUAUCAAAUAUUGAGCUGAUGGCCUCUCUUCUAAGCAACCGGUGUUUGGCGCGAAACAACCUGAAGAAGUUCAAGGAAGCCUUGGAAGACGCAGAACAAUGCAUUAAAAUAAAGCCAAAGUGGUUUAGGGUGAGCAAUUAACUUUUUUGUCCGUUUGCCAUUAUAAAACAACCAGACGAGAUGCUAGAUGUUAAAUACAGCACUCACGCUGAAAAACGUUUUAGGAGAUCAGGGGCACCCUUUCAACUCCUCUCCCCCACAAUUCUAACAUAACCUGUUAUAUGGUCGAUUUCGCACAAAAUUUGAUCACUAGGGCGCAAUUUUUUUUUUUUUUUUUUAAUUUUACUCAAUUUGCUCACGUCCGAAACAGUUUCUGUUAAACAGGAGCCCCUCGUGAUUCAAAUUUUCGUUAUGAAGGGAUUCCGUCAUAAUUUCUUCUCCUGAAAUAAUUCAGUUGAGGCGUAAUUAAUGCUAGCGUGCUGUUACGUAAACAAACCUUUAAUCGCUAAGAAGUGAUAAAACUUACAGCUUGCAUUACCGUAUUCUUGCGUUACCGUAUUUGUAGGGGUAUUCUCGUAAGGGAACAUGUCUUCUGCAUUUGAAAAAGACUCAAGAAGCUCUGCGAGCAUUUUGUAAAGGAUACACCCACGCUUUCAGCGAUAAAGAGAAACAGAUAACUGCAACAGAUGUGAUUUCUACCGCUAUGAUGAUAGAAGGUUGGUAAUCUGUUCAUAGCGAUCGUAAUUACUUCCUUAAUGUCGAGCGUAAUUAGCUGUAGGAAGAGUAUUUGCACCCAUGUUGCAAAUCGAUAAGAUGAGUCAGAGAACCUGCCACUUAUGCUGAGAUUAUUAAAAGGCACUUCCAUUUUGCGACACCAGAACUAAGCCUGGCAUCAGGAAAGGGAAGUCUUUAUUUUCUACUGAUAUGCUCCCGUUUGCAAAACAUCCAACUCUUGAGCUCGAAGACUGUGGUGAGUUAUGCUCUAAGAACUUCUCACUACUCGAUUAAACCCCUCUCUUAGGUGGAGAAUCACAGAUUACUUGCACUCUGUCAUCCCACGUGCUACAAUUUCUGGUGAAGGACGCAACCGAGAAGAAAGAUUGGAACAAACUGAGAUCUCUAUAUCUUGGUAGUGCCCCAAAUACAUCGUCUAGAGGACUAGCUAGUAAAUGUGACGCCUCGUAUGUGCCUCUGGAUCUUCUUAUUGAGUCAAAUGUUGAAGAUGUACACAGUCUCGUCAAAGUUCUUCUGGAACGUAACGCCUCUGCGGACGGACUACGAGGUUGCGCCAGGCCCCCACUUUUGGCUGCCAUGGAAAUGAUGAAUUUUCCGCUAGCUGUGACUCUCUUAAGAAACAACGCUGAUUCAGCUUGCAUAGUUGGUCAUGGGAUUUUCAUGAACAGAGAGGUGUGAGAUUUCUUCUUUAAUAAUAAGUAAUCCAACAUUUACAUGUGUAGUUCAGCAUUUAAUUAUGGUCUGGGCGUAAGAUAACUGCUCGUCAUAACGUCGUUGAUCCCAUAAAACGUGGAUUAUGACAUAACGCAAAAGUUAUCAAACACUAAUCACAAAUUCUUUCCGGGCGUUUUCAGUAUCGCUCACAGUAGUAGUUAUCAUAUUCAGAUGACUUAUAUUGGUGUAUGUGAUCCGCUACAGUGAAUCUUUAAAUUUCAUAGGGUCAACCGAAGCAAUGGCUUCAACUUGGUCGCAAAGCGAUAGAUGCCAACGACAGUAAAAAGGCUGCGAUGCUGCUCAACAUGUCUCUGUACCUUUCGGAUUCCAACAAAGACAAAACCAUAACAGCACAGAUAUACCAUGCGCUGGCAGAGGCCUACUUCAUUGGGAGUGAGCACGAAAGAUGUAUCGACGCAGGAAAGGAGUGCUUCAAGUUACAACCAGUAAAAUCAGAGGUAUUCUUCUUUUUUUUUAGUGAGUCUUUUCAGUUUUUUUAAUAACCGUUUGUCUAGACAGCCAGUACUCUACCGAGCAUUGCUGGGAAUCUAGAAUAAAUACUUUUCUUGUCCUUACGGGUUGAUAUACACACUUCCAUGACUAAAUAUUUAGAAUAACGUCAGCUGACUAAUUUUAAAUCUUAUUAAAAGGAAGAAGCAAAGAGGUGGGGAAAACGAGCCGACCAAACCCUUCAUUUAAGGAAUUACAACCAGUCCAUUGACUACUUGAAUCUGGCUUUAAAGUAUACUCCAGCUGACUCAAAAGAGAUCUUUUCACUUCUGUUGUGCCAACGUUCAGAGGCUUUCCAACAGCUGGACAACUUCAAAAGCGGUUUGGAAGAUGCAGUAAAUGCAUCAAAGAUGUGCCCAGAAAUGUCUGAGGUAGGAUCCACGUCAGUAAGAAACUGCACAUUUAUCAUUACUUUCACAUGAAAUACACAAUCAAAUUGACAAUAAGCAUCCUUUCCACAGGUUUAUAUACAUCAACAUAAGUGUUUUCAGGCACUUAAACGGAAAAAAGAGGCGAUGCAUGCUGCAAACGAGUGCCUAAAGAGGACAACAGAUGAGAACUUCAUAUAUUCCCUUUUGUGUGACGCAUUGGCUACUGCUGCCAGUCUUAAAGGUAAAGAUUAAAAAUAAAAAUCACUUGGAAAAGGUCAUUAAGUGAGGUAAAAAGACUACUUGAAGAAUCCGAAGCAACAACGUCGCUUUCUCAGACAGAAAAACAGAAUAAUUUUCCACGAGUGGAAAGAUGUAGACUAACAACUUUGUGUAGCCUUAUUUUGAUUGAAUUCAAAUUAAACGGUAGACUCUUUCUCUUAGAGGGAACAUCCGCUAUAACGGCCCCCGUGCCCAGCAAACUUCUAGAAAAGCUUGUGAGCGAGGUGAUAAAGAAGAAGGACUGGCGUAAACUAAGAAUCCUUUAUCUCGGGGGAGGAGGACCAGGAUCGCAACCAACAGGAAAUGGAGGAAUGGCGACUGGAAUCAGCGCAUCAAGUGUCCCACUUGGAGAAAUCAUACGCUCCAAUGUGCCUGAGCGACCCAUUUUAGUGUCGGUUCUCCUCAAGCAUGGAGCCUCAGCAAACGCAAUUAAAGAAUCAGAUACAAUACCUUUAAUGGAAGCUAUGAGACUGCCAAACUUACCCCUUGUGGAAAAAUUGGUGCAGAAUGGAGCCAACCCCUGUGUAAUGAACAAAGAAGGAGAACCCAUAAUUCACCGAGCAUUGAGGAGUGGUCUUCAGAAGAAUGGUAAAAACUGGUAUUGAUAUUAAAGUAGAAGCCAAGAGGGGCAGCGCUAUUGUAUGAGUUGAGCACGAUAGGACAGCAGACAAACGCUGGUGUCACUUUACUGAAAGAGUAUAAAGAAAGUAACAAGGACUUAACCCUCUCUGGAGUUAACAUUUCCUUUUAAUUACGAGUGCUCAUUUUUGUGAACAUAACCUAUAUUCGAAUUAAUACUUGUCACUAUCAAUUCGCCAGGGACAUUUGAAUUCUUGAAAGCAAUGCUGAAGUCCCCACUCCCCGAAGUUCAAAGUGUCCAGGACACGGACGGCAACACUCUUUAUCACAUUGCAUGCAUUGGCAAGAAUUUACAGAAAAAAAAGUGUGACGCAAUCCGAAUACUUCGAGAGGCAAAUAUAAAUCCGAACCUCCGAAACAAGAGGAAUGAAUACGCAAUCCAAAAGGUUCCAUCCAAACGUGAUCCUCGUUGGAAGAUGUUAGAUACUGCAUUACAGUGUUACAAGUUGAACUCUUCUGUGUCUGUCACCCACGAAGAAAACUCUGAAAAGGUCUCUAAUGAAGAACACGAUAAGGAACUUCAAUGGGCAGAUGCAGAAGAGGAAUACGUUUCAGACGGAGAUGAAGAAAAACCAACAACAGAGGCCAAGAACACGCCUCAAAACGUCAACGUUUUGAAGGUAGAUCAAAAACAGCUGCAGCGAAAGGAAAGGAGGGAAACUAUUGUCAGCUUGAUAGAUGCAAUAACGCCUCUUUCCACAUUUGUUCCAAACGCAUUUGAUACAAACGAAGAGCAAGAUGAUAUUGAAGUUUUCAAUGAGUCAUCAGGGAGUCCUCGAGCUGCAGAGAGUAACAUCGACGUGGUGAUUGAAGACGAGACCGCAGAUGACGAUCGAUAUGCUGAUGAGAAUGACAUCCUUGGAGACAGUGACAGAGAAACAGAAAUCGACUCUAAAUCUCCCUUUGAGGAUCUUCCUUGGGAAGUGGACUGUACUGAUCGAGUUUGGAAGAUUAUGAAAAACAGAAAAGUUGGUUUCUCUACGAGGAAACGUAUAAUCGAUAAAAUUCGCAUGUUGGCCAAUGGCAGAUGGAGUAAGACACUCUGCAAGAGACUCGAAGGAGAAGCGAAGAGGAAAGACAUUGAGCUUUACGAAUCAAAGCUAACAAAAGGUCAACGAAUAAUUUGGGAAAAAACGAUCGCCUUUUCUGGUCGAUGCAGCGAAAACCCCGAGCUCCGUCUGGACAAGAAGAAUCCUGAGGGUCGCAUUUACUCAGAUAUCAUUCGGGUGUGGGACAUUGUAUUGGACCACGACAAACUUCAACGCUCGAUAGACCUCAUCGUCAAGUCACAUGACAGAGGAAUGGAUUGCAUUGUGAAAAGGAAACUCAAAGGCAUGCCGGUGAAAUCUGGAGGUAACAGCGCGUUAACUUCCGAAUGUUUACCAAACAAGUAUGCAGAGAUUGGUGAUUUGGAGCAAAAAGGAAAUCCACAAGCCAAGAAAAGCGUACCGAAGAAGUCGACCAUUGCUGACAAUUUGCCUCAAAUUUUCUUUCCACCUGCAAGUGCAAAUGAGCAAGAAUAUCAUAUUCUCAAGUUCUACUCAUUUAGCACCGCCCUCGUUAGAACAGUGCUAGAAAGUGACAUUUCUUCUAGGAUCGACUUUCCUUUCAAGAUAACUGAACUCGAGCAUGCCAUCGUUAACCUUCGCCCAGAUCCUCCGAUGCCCAUCAUUCUUCUUGGUCGAAGUGGUACGGGCAAGACUACUUGCUGCCUCUAUCGCUUAUGGGACCGGUUUAAAAGUUACUGGGAACGUGCAGAAACUGCUGGCCCCUACAUUCCACGAUUUCUGCCCCCUCCAUUGAAAACUAGUCAAUACUCUGACGACGAUGAAACCUUGCAAAGCAGCAUUGAGCAGGAUAUUAAUCAAGCUGAACGUAGUCCGAAACAAGCAUCUGCAUCUACAGAAUGCCAACAACCCAAUGCUUCGUCACAUUCAGCUUCAGCUCCAGCGUCACGAGACGACCACCAAGAUCAAGUAAUGCAAUCAAACUCUUGCCCUCCAAAGGCAGAAAACCAGCUUGAAGACAAUGAUCAAGAAGAAAAGAAGCAACCUGAGAUGUACGAACAUCUACACCAAAUCUUUAUUACAAAGAACAAUGUUCUCUGCAGCGAGGUUGAAAAAAACUUCAAGGAGCUAUGCCAUGCCUGCCCAGCAGCACAACACCGUAUACCACUGGAAGACCAAUCUCUUCCUGCAAAGAUGCAGGACGUUGCUGCAGAAGCGUGGCCACUUUUUGUUAAUUCGAGGGACUGGCUUCUUAUGUUAGAUGCAUCUCUUCCUGGCAAAACCUUCUUUAACCGCGCUGAGGAUGGAAGUUUGCUUCGGAAAAUUGAUGGCUGGGGGGAGGAAGACAGCCAUUUACAAUUUAUCCCAGCCACAGAAUCAGACGACGAAAGUGACCACGAAGAAGAAGACGAGGGGGCCGUUGGAACACCACAUGGUAGCGAAGAAACUAAACAAAAAGGAAAAGAAACAUUCAUUAAAAAAGACAAAGACCCGAGAAGGGAAAUCACUUACCCUGUUUUCCAAAUUUGA